AUAUGAGAAUGACGGAAUUUGAAAAUUAAGAAGCGCAGUCGCCCUCGCCUUGACAUUGACUUAUAGCCUCCAAGGAGCAAGCUGGACUCGAGCCUCUACUGCUUGAAACGACGUCGUUUGGACCAUGGUCACCGUUUCAUCUCCUACCGGGCUGUUUCUGCUUCAAUCCCUUUCGCCUUUCUACUUCAGGCCCUCAGAAGUUGUAGGGUGUAUGGCAUUCAAUUUGGUGAGUUCUGUAGUGUUUUCCUUUACCCACUUACCAAAUUUGAUGCCAGUUCCUGUUGUGUAGGACAAAGUGUCAUGCCUAUUAGGGGAUUUUGCUGCUGUGUUAUAUCAUUUUCAGGGAACAUCUUGGUAUAAGUAAAGUAGUGCAGCUUAUGGUUUCUUGAGGGACUGCUAAUUUGAAUAAUCUAAGAAAAUACGUGAACCAUGUUUCUUUGCCCCUUCCCCUUUAAUUACUUCUGUAUUCUGAUCUGGUAUGGAGUAAACAAACUUGUAAGGUGACGGCCAUCUAUUUUGUAAAGUUUUAAAAGUGAAUGUAGGGUAGAAGGAUUGAUGAAACAAGACAGUGUGAGUGCUUGUGGGGGCUCACGUCUCUGUUCUUCUCUCCUUUUCCCUUUUCAAUUAUUAAAAUUCAUUGUCUUUU